CUCCUGACCCUUUAUAAGCACCAACCCCCUCCCCUCAAAGAAAAGAUCUCACACUCGAAAGUCCAGGGUAGCUUAGGAGAGAGCUGAAAUUGAUUAACUAGCGAGAAGAAAGGCAUACACUUCAUGGCUGGCCUGAGCGUGCUCCUAGAGACCCACGAGGGCAACUCCACCACGCCCAAGAUCAUCAGCAAGGCCACCCUCCAUAGCCCCAAGAUCUCCUCCUCAUCCCCUUGGUCGCCGGCAGCGAGGCCCGCCGCAAGCACGGGUUCCUUCUUGCAGCGCUGCUUGCUGUGCCACAAGGAUCUAGCCGAGAACAAUGACAUCUACAUGUACAGAGGUGACAAGGCGUUCUGCAGCGUCGAGUGCCGGUGCAGGCAGAUAUUCAUCGACGAGGACGCCGGCAGCAGCCACUGCGCCAAGGGCGCCUCCACCGCGGCCGUGCGGUCAGGACGCCGUGCCACCGGCGGCGGCGUCAGCUUCGCGUACUGAUAUGCUACCACCAACAUCAAGCAAUCGGAUGCACAUAGUACUACUCCUAGUAGCACGUAACUUACGUGUGCAAAAGCAACAAGAAAAGAAAAGAGAGCUGUUUAAAGAAUGGAGUUAAGCACAGCCAUUAGCGACAGCUCGUCGGAGCGGGGCCCACACGCGACGGGGAGCGUACGUGUCUCGUGGCCGUACCUAACGGAUAAGACGGCCAGACAGCUGGCCCCACCUGAAGCGGACCAGGAUCCAGUAAACUGACGACACUUUUUUUAUUCUUUUGUUAUCUUAUUAUAUAUUCAUAUCACGUCUGUCCCCAUCCGUCUCGGUGGCGAUUAGCUUCUGCACGAAGACUAGUUAAUCAUGGUGAGGGAGGUGAUCUAUGAGCGAUGAAAUGCAUUGAGAUCGGAAAAAACACGGACGGCAAGUACUCUGCUUGAUGUGGUUAUGUGAUAAGUAUAUAUGGAUGGAGUGAUUAGGAUUAGAGAGUUUGACAUGCCUGGCGACUUGUGAUUUUUGUUGUUCUAUAGUACUAGUUUAAUGCCCGUACGUUGUCACGGGACAAUAUACGCUGCUAGCGACAUGGGUAAAAUGAUAGAUCUUUUUAAGAA